CAGGGGCGGACUGACAACUCAUGGGGCCCCCGGGCAAUAGGGGAUCAUGGGGGCCCCUUUGUCCUUGCCCAAACAAAAAAAGCCUAUAAAAAGGUACCAGGGGCAUCUCAUGGGGCCCCCUACUGACCCCGGGCCCUCGUGCAGUGCCCGAGUUUCCAAAUGGUCAGUCCGCCCCUGAUAUGGACCUGAGAGAGGGAUCCUAGUGAUUAUUGUUGCUAUUAAUCCCUGGAGCACUAUAUUUAGGGCUUUACUGGCUUUGACCAUUUAUAAUGUGCAGCAAAAGUUGCUUUUUUAUUUUAUCUUU